GAUGACGUCAGGCUCAGCGCGAUGGCGGCGGUGGCCUCGGCUCUGCGGUGCUCGCUGUUGCAGCGCCGGCCCCUCCGCUGCGGGCCGGGUGCGCGGGCUGUGGCCGGCGCGGGCGCUGCCCUCAGGCCGCGCAGCACGCGGGGGGCGCCCGGCGGCAUCAACAAGCCCGUCAUAGACCGCAUCAUCCGCGUGGACCAUGCGGGAGAGUUCGGCGCGAACCGCAUCUAUGCGGGGCAGAUGGCCGUGCUGGGCAGGUCCAGCGUGGCACCCGUCAUCCAGCACAUGUGGAAUCAAGAAAAAGACCACCUGAAAAAGUUUAAUGAGCUCAUGGUUGCAUACAGAGUUCGACCCACUGUUUUAUUGCCUUUCUGGAACGUAGCAGGUUUUGUUUUAGGGGCUGGAAGUGCUUUGCUUGGAAAGAAGGGUGCAAUGGCUUGCACAGUGGCUGUGGAAGAGAGUAUAUCAGAGCACUACAACAACCAGAUCAGAACUCUCAUAGAAGAGGAUCCAGAAAAGUACAAAGAGCUAUUGCAGGUCAUAAAGCAGUUCCGGGAUGAAGAGCAGGAGCACCACGACAUUGGGCUUGAGCACGAUGCUGAGGCUACACCAGCUUAUUCUGUUUUGAAGACAGCCAUACAACUUGGAUGCAAAGCUGCAAUAUUUUUAUCAGAAAGAAUUUAGUUAUUUUUUUCAUAAUAGUUAUGGCAAUAAACUGUGACACAAAAGCAUA